AACAUGAUUGUUAUCAAUGCAUAUUACGCAAUGGCAUAAACAAUACACGUUAUCAUAGGCAUCAUCUUGUAUCAUCAAAUAAAAGUCAUCGCCUUCUAUAAACACUGAUAUUGACAUAGUCCUCGGAAGCCAUGAAUAUUCAACAUGCCCCAUGACUUAUUAUUUAUUUAUUGUAAAUCAUUACAAAAAAAGAGGCAUAAUUCCCAUUUUUUAUUUUUUUGUGAGACAUAAGAGGUUUUUUUUUUUUUACUAUUAUCUAAUGUAGCAUGAAUGCUUUAACAAUUUACAUAACUGUCCAUUAAGCGCUCACAUAACGUCUCUUUCGCCAUCUUUCAUAAUCCACCAGCUUCGGAGCGUUUGCUGCACGUGGGGUCUAAAUCAUAUAUAAGUGAUCAUAUAGCGAAGGUGAGUUGUGUAAGUUCAAAAUCAGUAAGACAUCACGGUUCUGGAGAGGGAGAAUCUUUCAUAAGUUUUACUUGCAGGCUCCUCCUUGAUUCCUGCUGAUGAACCUCAUGACAUUAUAUAUCGACGCUUCAAAUAUGGAGAGACCUGAGGAACCUUUAACAGUUAAUACACCUGAAAUUCGGCAGUCAGCUGUUCCUUGCCACCCAUCCUUGGAUAACUCGACGAUGGAAAACCUCAACAAACACAAGGAAACCGUAUUCAGCCUGGUGCAGGUGAAGGGGACGUGGAAACGCAAAGCAGGGAAAAAUGUGAAGCAAGGAAUGAAAGGACGAGUUUCAGCUGCUAAAAUUUAUGAAAGCACCUCCUCUAGUGGCACCACCUGGACAGUGGUCACCCCCAUCACCUUCACAUACACAGUUACUCAGACCAAAAACCUUCUUGACCCCAGCAAUGACACUCUGCUUUUGGGCCACAUCAGAGACACUGAGCAGCUUGAGGCCAUACGGUCCAGCACCAAGGCCUUAAGACGCUUCAUAGUCAUGGAUGAGGUAGUGUACAAUCUCUAUGGUUCCCAGGUCACCGACUACCUCGAGGCCAGACACGUCCUGUACCGGAUCCUGCCCCUGCCCACGACGGAGGAGAACAAGUCCAUGGAAAUGGCCUUGAAGAUCCUGGAGGAAGUCCACCAGUUUGGUAUCGACCGGCGCACGGAGCCCAUCAUUGCCAUCGGAGGUGGGGUCUGCCUGGAUAUCGUGGGUCUCGCAGCAUCCCUCUACAGAAGGCGCACUCCAUACAUCCGUGUUCCCACCACCCUUUUGUCCUACAUUGAUGCUAGUGUCGGAGCAAAGACCGGCGUGAAUUUUGCAAACUGCAAGAAUAAGCUAGGCACCUACAUCGCACCUGUUGCUGCAUUCUUGGACAGGUCGUUUAUACAGACAAUUCCUCGUAGACACAUAUCUAACGGUCUUGCAGAAAUGCUGAAGAUGGCUCUCAUGAAGCACAGAGGGCUGUUUGAACUUCUGGAAACGCAGGGACAGUUCCUGUUAGACUCCAAGUUUCAGUCCGCUAUGGUUCUAGAAGACGACUGCAUUGACCCUGCCUCUGUUUCCACCCGUGUCGCUAUAGAAACCAUGUUGGAAGAAUUAGCUCCAAACCUGUGGGAGGAUGAUCUUGACAGACUGGUCGACUUCGGUCACCUGAUCAGCCCGGAACUAGAGAUGAAAGUCUUACCAGCUCUACUCCAUGGUGAAGCAGUGAAUAUUGAUAUGGCGUACAUGGUGUAUGUGUCACGUGAGAUGGGGUUGCUCACAGAGGAGGAGAAGUUCAGGAUCGUCUGCUGCAUGCUGGGACUGGAGCUGCCGGUUUGGCAUCAAGACUGCACUUUUGCUUUGGUGCAGAAAUCUCUAUGUGACAGACUACAGCAUUCUGGAGGGCUCGUGAGAAUGCCUUUACCAACAGGCCUCGGAAGAGCAGAAAUCUUCAACGACACUAAUGAAGGCGCUUUGUUCCGAGCGUAUGAGAAGUGGUGCGAUGAGCUCAGCACUGGUUCACUUCGAUGAGACCUCAGCUCACAGAUGACCUGACACCAAUGUUUACAUAUGGAAAGCCUCUUAGCUUUAACAAUUUAUACGUAUGUAUUAUUCUAUGACAGCUUCGAUUUCCUUUUUAUUUUGUAUACAUCAUGGGCAAUUAAAUGUUUUACAUUUAAAACAAUUGCUAUUCAUUACUGUAAAUGCCAUUUUUGUAAAUGGCCAUGAAUAGAAGGCUGACUUGUUAUGUGAAGAUCUUUCUUUAGUUGUGUUAAAGGGUUUCUUUCCCACCAUUUCAUAUUAGAUAAAGGGACAUUUUGGUUAAUCAUGAAAUCAUGUAUUAAAACUGUAAAAAAAAGUCUGCCUAAUGUGUUUGAUGUAAUGCAUGCAAGUUUAUAUAAUAAACAAUGCACUUAUUAACAACAAGACUGUUUUUAAGAGAAAGAUAUGAUUAGAUUAUGUUUGAGAGCAACAGUAGCUUCAGUUUUGUGGUGAACGACAUCACAAAUACCACAGAUGUGUGUGGAAAACAUGACACAGUUGGUUUGGUAUUCAGUGAAUGUAUCUUUCUCUUGAUUUUUAUGUCUUUAUACGCCUUAAAAAAUAAAAACAGCACUGCAGGAUUCUCUGUAAUCAUUUACCCUAUAGUGUAGUCAAGUCAAUUAAAAAAACAAAACAAUGAACCUUUGAAAUGCAUGCAUUAUUCAGGAUAUUACAGUACUGUAUAUAAAAAUAACCUAAUAACAAUGCAUAAAAUGAGUGAGAAAACUACUAGAUUUGAAUCAGAUAAUCUGAUAUAAAUGUUCACUCCUGUCUUCAUUAAUGAUGAUACUACAUCAAAACUACACCACUUUUUAAGACCUUGACCUUUUAAAAAAAAAAAAAUCGCAGUAGAUUUACAUCAAUUGUAGUAUACGAGCUGAUAAAAGGUAUAAUAUAGAGACAACAAUUGUACUUUAGCUGUUCAAUAGCAAGUCAUUCAUCAUUACGUAUACCAGAUAUCAUUGUAAUAAAAUUAGUAAAUUA